UGAAAACUUGUUACGUAUUAUUUUCGUGUGUUUUCGAACGAACAGUAUUACCACUAUUUGAACGCCGAUGAAAGCUAGGAGGAGAACACUGGACCUAAAUAUUAACUAAGAGAACUGCUGAAUGAAGUGACAUUAGCAACACAGCAAUGCAAAAUGGCUAAGUAAACCGAUUUAUAAAUGAUCUGACAUUGCCAAAACAGACAGGUCGUCGAUUCGAAAAGCUGAAGAGACAUUAACAAAUGCAUAGUUAUUUAAGAACUUUAAGAGGCCAAAUGUGUUUUUGCGCCAAGCAGCCAUUCCCUAAUACAUAUAGGCCAUUAAUUUUCAUACCUGGAAAAAACGUUGUAAAUAAAAGAUAUCAAGGAUCACACAGAAAGCUCAAACAUAAAAAAGACCUUUAUGAAGUUUUGGAAUUGUCAAGUAAAGCAACAAGCGUACAAAUCAAAGGUGCAUACUUCAGACUGUCGAAGAAAUAUCACCCGGACGUCAAUAAAAAUGAAAAUGCAGUUGCGAAAUUUGCUGAAAUAGCAGAAGCAUAUGAAAUUUUGGGGAAACCACACUCCAGAAGACUUUAUGAUAAAGGGUUGGAACAAGAAGAUGAACUCGGAAAUACUAAACACCCAGAUGGUUGGAAGGCAUAUAGAAAAGGCUUCAAAAAAUACGAUGGCCCUCCUGUACGUGGCAGAACAUCAAUCUAUGACUUUGAUACAUGGACAAAAACGCACUAUGCAGAAGUUUUUGAAAAAAGGGCAGCUGAAAAGAAAAAAUUUGAUGAAUAUGAAAUUGGAAGACAGAUGCAUAGACAGAGUCGCAGUACAGCACAUAUAAAGGAAGAGAAUAAGUUAGCUUUUUAUUUGAUAAUGGGAUUUAUGUUCAUAGUAUAUGCAGCAGGAGGAAUAACUUUUCAAGACAUUGCAGUAUCACAAGCAAAUGAAUCAAAUAUAUUACAAAGAAAAGCACGAGAGAAAAGAGAGAAAGAUCAGCGACUAGCAAUUAAAGGAAACCUGGAGACAAAUUUAGCUACAGAUUGAAUUAAUAGAUUUAAAAUAUUAUUACACACACACACACACACACACACACAUACUUAAUUAUUUUAAAGUGCUCUGGAUCUCCUUCCUGUAUCCUGAGUUUUUAAAUUUGUUUUCAAACAAUGUUGCUUUCAUGAAUUUUUGUGACUCAAUUAUUAGUUAAUGUGAUAAACAAUGUUUCACAUUAAGUUUUGUUUAAAGAUUUGUUAUACUCAUGACAUAUCUUAAAGGUCACCAGCAACAAUUUUGUUUCGCAGUUCUCAAUAUUUUGACAUAAAGCUCACCUAAGUAAUAUCCUGAAUCAAUUUUCACCUCAUGAUGCUGUUAUAGCGGAGUGGUGAUGCUGCAGAUAAAUUUGAUAACCUCUCCAUGCUUCUAUGGUCACACCCAGGAAUCUCUUGUGUCUAAAAUUUGUGACGUUAUUUCUGCUAUUGCACAUGUGCCAGCUGGUACCACAGUAGAAGUCUCUGAUGAUAUGACAGUUUUAUAAUCAAAGUUGUUUCAGCAUUGAUAGUACACUGUGUUGUUCACAGGUAGCAUAAAACUAGUGAAAAUUCAAAUAUGAGCUUCAUCAAUACAAAACAAUAUAGAAAGUCUGUGAAAAACCAAACAAAUCUUAGAUUAACAACAACUAACAAAUUAACCAGGUGGGUUCUUCAUUAUCUGCCCAACAUGGUAAUUGGAAGAUAUUUGGAGUCGGGACCAGACACAGACUGUUUUAUUUAUCUGUAUAUUUUCACACAGACUAAGCAGACAAAGAGAGUGGAUAGUGUAGUAUUACCCUAAUGUUACUAUUAUGUAUAUCAGACCAUAGGAUAACAAUUAUUAAGAAGAAUUCAAAUAGAAUAGUUAGAUACAUAUUCUUCAAAACAUUCAUUUACCAUAUUUGAUGAUAGCUAAAUUCUAAAAAGUCAUUGUGCAUUUAAAUAGUAUUCUAAACUAUCUUUGAAAAUAAUUUGAUUCUACUGUAAAUAAGUUAUUUUCGCGUAGGAAUUAAUUUCGUGUUAAUACAUGAGGGGAAUCAAUUGUGAAUUUGAAAUCCUGUUUGUCAAAAGUUAUAUCUUGAUGACGUCCAUGCCAAUUUGAUUGCUGAUACCUGAAUACAUAUAUGCUACUUUCUAGAUUCCUUGUGUGUAUAAUCAUGUGAAUAUGUCUGAAGAGGUAGAUUUGCAAAAUAAAUUAUCAUGAAAUCUAAGUGAUUUACAGUAGUAAUCACAGCAAAGAUAUGUUCUCAUGGAAUUUUCUAAGCAUAUUUAUGUGUUUCUAAGUUUAUUCAUGUGUUUCACACUGGUUUUAAGCCCGAUAAUUUUCACAUGAAUUGCACCAUGUCCUGUGGAUGUGAACUGAUGUGAAACUGGCUUGUGUUUAUUACAGUUUGGGAUAUGAAGUUAGAUUCGUUGCAUAAAUUAUCACCACUGUACUCCUUUUAGCUGCUCUGAAACUCACACUGCUAUAGUCAAAUAACAAACUUUACCUCUUAAGUCGUUAUAUUGUGCUGGGCAUGCUUACUUGACUAAAGUUGAUUUAAUGUGCACAGCCUUCUUAAACACUUAUGAAAAUGUGUCCAAUGGCAGAAUUGAUGUCACAAAUGAUCAACCAAUGAAAGUCCUUGGUUUCCAGAAAAGAAAUAACCUGACAUAUUUUAACUUCCUCAGUUAUUUACAGGUGAAAAUAACCCUACCUGUGCACCAAUAACUCGUUUUAGUUAUUAUCAAACAUUUUUUCACCUAAAAGUAACUUUUCAUUACUGGUGACCUUUACAUAAGAAAUUCUUGGUAAUAUUUUACAAAUAUUAAUAGAAAGCUUAUAGAAGUCUCUGUUUAUACCAGUUUUAAUGUGUUUGAUGUUUUUUAUCAGGUUUCUGUUUUGAGAACUUAAGUAACAUAUGAUUUUAAAAGCUGGAAGUGUGCAUCAUUCAAAGUAGAAAAUAAAAACAAAAAGGAGAGAGGUCUUUAAGAAUAAAUAGACUUACAGAGACCAGUAUUACUUUAAUCUUUCCUGAUAAAUUUCUAAUUAAAAAUGGAAAAUGCAAAUAACUUACCCUUUUGCCUUUUUUUCCUUUUUGUUUUCAUCAGAUAUGUGAUAAAUACAAACAGCAUAUUCUGUGAUAAAUAUUUGUGUGCUUACAUUGACAGGCACUGUGAGAGUGUGGUAUAAGUAUCGGAAGGUACCAAAUUAUUACUUUUUUUAUGGGUUCCUUAAUCAACCUUCCUAGAAAGAAUUAAGGGUUAUCUUCCCUGGAUUGGAUAUUGAUCUUUACAUUGCACAAGGAAUUCAGCGUUAUAUGUUAAUGGUUAUAGACAUAACUAUAGCAAUAUCAUGGUAUUAUAGUUUGCCGUUAUCAAAGCUUAUCCUGAGAAUUGUUUUAAAAUGUUCUGUAUCUAAAUAUUGUUUUUAAUGAAAAUCUUUUUACCUCAUAACAACAUAGACAAACA